GCCAAAAAACACCAUAAACAUAACGAGUUUCAUUCAAGGUUCUCCAAUUUGAGUCUUUGAGCCUGAUGACCUCCUUUGUUUCCCCUAUAGCCCUAUUUUCCUAAUUGGGCAAUAUCCAGAAACUUUUCAAAGAAAACGGAAAUUUUUUAUUUUUGGUAUCAAUUUUGUUCUGUAAUUUUUUUUUUCCUCUGAUCGGCGUGAACUGUAUUGGGUUUUCGAUUGUAUGUGAAUCUUAAGUUUUGGUUUUGCAUAUGUGAAUUUAGGGAUUGUAUAUUGGAGAUUUUCAUGACAAAAUCAUGUUUAAAACCAGCUUAGAUGGAUGCAUUUUCUGACACAAGUGUGUAUCAUCGUUCAAGUUUAUCUAGAUUUGUACAAAUUUUGUACCCCUUUCGUACGUUUUCAUUGAAGUUUCUAAAUUUUGUGGCUUUUUCUUUAUUGACAGUUUGUUGGGUUCCUUGGAUUUUGAUGGCUACCAAUAAUUGGAGGCCUCCUCAAGUUAGAGAGCCCUCCAUGGAUGCAGGCAAUUGGGGGAGUCAAUUGCAGCUAGAGUCAAGGCAAAGAAUUGUCAACAUGAUAAUGGAUACAUUGAAGAGGCAUUUCCCCUGCUCUGGUCAAGAGAGCUCACCGGAGCACAAGAAAAUUGCUGUAAGGUUUGAGGAAAUGAUUUAUACUGCUGCCACAAGCGAGUCGGAUUAUUUUGAGAAAAUUGCUCUGAAGAUAUACUCACUGGAGACCAGAUCUCAGAAUGCAAUAGAAAAUUCUUUACCAAUGAACUCUGCUGGUAAUAUCAACAGGCCCCCUGAUCCAGGGUGUUUUGGUAUUCAACCCCAAGUCCCCAAUCAAGGGCUAUCACUCUCUAUACCAUUGUCAGCUAAUCAAUGUCAAUCACACCAACAACUCUUAUCACAGAACAUUCAGAAUAACAUUCCACCUACUGGAGUUCAAAGUUCUGCUCGCUUAUCAUCUGCACUACCUUCUUCCGGUUUAACCCAGACUCCCAUUUCAAGUACUGUUGGACAAAAUCCAAACAUCAAAAACAUGUCUGGAACUUCACAUAAUUCAUUUGGGAACUCCAUGGGCCAAGUACCCUCCCAUAUGUCUGCUAGUUCUCAAAGGCAAAUGCAAGGAAUGCAAGAGGUAGUUCUUCAACAGCAACAGCAGCAUCAAUCCCUAAACGUAAGGGAUCAGCAAAAGCAGUUAUAUCAAUCUCAGAGCUUCCUUCCUGAGACAUCAUCGAAUUCCGCAGCCCAGACUGGACAUGCAACUAGGGGUGAUUGGCAAGAGCUGGUCUAUCAAAAACAGUCACAAACUCAAAUUACUCAAGUGCAAUCUCAUGAAAAUCAAAUGAACCCACAGUUGCAAUCAAUUAACAUACAAGGUUCUGUGGCAACAAUGCAGCAGAACAAUAUGACAAGAUUGGAGCAAAAUCUUGUGUCUUCUUUAUCAGGGUUUUCAACAGCACAGCAGAACAUGAUGACUUCAUUGCAGCUUAGUUCCAACAUGGAUUCAGGGCAAGGAAAUGCACUGAACUCAUUGCAGCAGGUUCCUGUGGGCAGCAACCAACAAACUCCUGUCAGUGCUCCCCAACAAGAGAAUAUGAAUGCCUUGUCAUCACAGAGUGGGGUUAAUAUGCUACAGGCAAACAUGAAUUCCAUUCAGUCAAAUUCUGGUAUGCUUCAACACCAGCAUAUAAAACGACAGCAGGAGCACCAAAUCAAUUAUGUAAAUGAGUUAAAGAUGAGACGAGCUGCAGGCCAGCGUGCUUUUUCCCAUCAGCAAUUGAAAUCAGGAUCUCCAUUUCCUAUUUCAUCAACAACCCAAUUCCUUCAGGCUGCAUCCCCUAAAAUUUUGCAACAUUCUUCACCCCAAAAUGACCAGCAGAAUCUACUGGCUCACACAAAAGCUGGAACUUCUAGCUCCCCAUAUGUCAUCCCAUCUCCUUCAACUCCGAUGGCUCCAUCCUCUAUGCCAGGGGAUUCUGAGAAACCCUCCUCACUCGCAAAUGCUGGGAAGAUUGGGCAUCUACAAGCAACUGGUGUCGGAUCACAGAUCCAGUCCCUUGCCAUUGGCACCCCUGGGAUAUCAGCCUCUCCUUUGCUUGCUGAAUAUAGUGUACCAGACGGUACUCAUGUUAAUGCUUUGUCAACUAUUUCUGGCAAGUCAAAUGUUACAGAGCAGCCUCUUGAACGGUUGAUUAAAGCGGUGAAAUCGAUGUCUUCAAAUGCAUUGAGUGCCUCAGUCAGUGACAUUGGCUCAGUAGUGAGUAUGAGUAGGAUAGCAGGGUCAGCACCAGGCAAGGGAUCUAGAGAUGCAGUUGGUGGGGAUUUGAUUACCAUGACAAAGUGUUGUCGGCAAGGAGGGAAUGUUUUGACUCGUGAUGAAACAAAUGGGUCUAGGAAAAUAAGACGCUUCGCUAGUGCCAUGCCCUUAAAUGUUGUGCCAUCAGCUGGCAAUGAUAGUUUCAGGCAGUUGGCCAGUUCAGAGACAUCUGACCUGGAGUCAACUGCAACAUCUCGUAUCAAGAGGCCUAGGAUUGAGGUAUUACAGGCUCUUUUGGAAGAAAUAAGAGAAAUAAGGCAGCGGUUGAUCAACACAGUUAUUGAUAUCAGUGAUGAAGAUGAUGACCCUAGUGCACCUGCUGCUGAUGGGGGUAAAGGAACCAUUUUCAAGUGCUUUUUUGAUGCUGUGGCUUUCGGUCCGGACUUGAAAUCGCAGUAUGCUUCAGCACAGAUGUCACCAAUUCAGCCAUUAAGACUGCUUGUUCCCAGCAAUUAUCCCAACUGCUCUCCAAUACUCUUGGACAAGUUUCCAGUUGAAGUCAGUGAGGAGUAUGAAGAUCUUUCUGUGAAAGCAAAGUCAAAGUUUAGCAUAUCUCUACGAAGUAUUUCAGAACCCAUGUCCCUUGGGGAGAUAGCAAGGACCUGGGAUGUUUGUGCAUGUGCAGUUAUUUCCGAGCAUGCACGGCAGAGUGGUGGAGGCAGUUUUAGCUCAAGGUAUGGGACAUGGGAGAACUGCUUGAGUGCUGCUUGAUCAUCUCUCUUCAGACCGGAAAAAGCUAGUCCAAGGGUCGUUAUCUAAACCGUGAUGCAUAGUUUUUCUACCGCUUUUUUGCUGCAACGAUGAAGCAGGUUUAGGAUAGUCUGCAUGUAUAGGAGGAAUCUGUGAUGUUUUGUAUAUGGUCAGAUUUUCCGAAGUGAAUAAUCUUGGGAUAGUUCUUGUUGGAUUUUUCCUAGGUAACUUCUGUGUGUUGUAGUUUGGAUACUGUAAAUCAUCUGUGAUCUGUCUGCAUGUUUUCGUAGGGUUAUGCCGCAUUAUGCACUAUUCUGCUACGUCUGCUUGUAACAAAAUUGUAUCAAUAUUCUGCAUUCUGCAGGACUAGUGUCAUGACCGCCUCUCGCAGUAAUAAUGUGUGAACUGUCACAAUGUGAAGCGGUUCGUUAAUUUGUUUUUUCCCCCUUUUAAGGGAGAGAAUGGGGAUAUGGAUUGUUUAUAUAAAAA